AUGGACGCAAGAGCUGGCACUCAUAAGCUCUAUCAUCAGUAUGAAUUUAACCCCAAAGAAUUUUAUGAGAUGUACCUCUCACCGAACAGUAACUCCCAGCUUCAGGAGAACUAUAUUGUCUAUACAAUGAGACAACUGAAUAACGAGAUGUCAUCAGGUAAAGCGAGUCGCCACUAUCCAUGCGUAGAGAUAUAUUUUACAAUUUACCUGAAUAUUCCAACCUUUCUUCAUUCCCUCCUGGCUGUAUUAACCCUUUAACCCCUUAAGGACACGUGACAUGUCAUGAUUCCCUUUUAUUCCAGAAGUUUGGUCCUUAAGGGGUUAAUACAAACAUGGGGUGUCUGCCCAAGCAUUAUCACAACAUUGUGUUACCGCGUGGGCUCGGGCGCUUGGAGCACCAGAUUGACAUAUUACUGCAGCAAUUUGCACUUUGCCCACAGAGCUGACAAUUAGACGGCUCCUUUCCUGCUUCCCAAUAUCCACUCAGUCCAACUUGUUGAAACUAGUUGAGAAAACUGUAAAAUAAGAAUUGCGGAAAAAUAGUUGUAAAAUCAGAAGCUGAAAUGGAUUUAUUUAUAAACUAUUUGACCAGGAAAGAUACAUUUCCCUCGAUUUCAAGAAUGUCCUGGACCCUUCAAGUAUGUAAAAAGCAAUUUUAAAUUAAAAAACAAAACUCCCCAGGUACCAAAACAACAAAUUCUAAAUAAAGUUGUUAUGGUGCCAAACACUGUUAAUAUUGUCAACUAACAAUUUUAGUCAGAUUAUAGUCGACUAAAACAAUUCAGAUUACUAAAAUACGACUAAAACUAAAAUGGCUUUUUAGUCAAAAGACUAUGACUAAAACUAAAUUGAAAUUUGUCGCCAAAAUUAACACUGGUGCCAAAAGGUCCCUGGCACUUUCUUGCCCCUAAAACAUGAGCGGUUUAACCCUAAACUUGGCUCUCCAGUAUCGGUACUUCUGUCCCCAUCUACAUCCGGUUUCUGACGCUCGAAGGCCAUGAACAAAAAAAUUUACAUACGUAAGAGGAUCACCAGGUACCAUAACAACUUCUUUUUUACACUUUUAUGGUGCCCUGACAGUCCCUUUAACUCUGUCUGAAGCGUCAAAUUAGACAGUAUUAAAGGGACAGUCAGAGCACUGUAACAAUUCUAUAAUUAAGGUUCCUUAUCAGAUUUGUUGUCUGUUUGCAGGUCGUAUCACGGGGGACAGAAUGACAGAAUUUACCAUCGGCCCCGUGCUGUUUAAACUCCUGGUUUGCAGUGAAUAUUUUAAGGAAAUUACGGUUUUAGAAAGUAACGCUCAGUGUAAAGUGGAGUUGGAGAAAUGGCUGAAUAAGGACGGAGACGCCUUGCAGAUGAGACAUAUUACAGACAUAGCUUGCACGCUGCAAGGAAAAAGGUACUUUUAUUUAAUACCGGAUACAGAGCGUUGAAAGGAAACAGGGACAUUUAAUUGGGGCAGUGUGUACGUGGAAUGGGGCAGUAUGUAGGUGGAUGGGGCAGUGUGUAGGUGGGAUGGAGCAGUGUUUAGGUGGGAUGGGGCAGUAUGUAGGUGGAUGGGGCAGUGUGUAGGUGGGAUGGAGCAGUGUUUAGGUGGGAUGGGGUAGUAUGUAGGUGGGAUGGGGCAGUGUGUAGGUGGGAUGGGGUAGUAUGUAGGUGGGAUGGGGCAGUGUGUAGGUGGAUGGGGCAGUGUUUAGGUGGGAUGGGGCUGUAUGUAUAUAGGAUGGGGCAGUGUGUAGGUGGGAUGGGGCAGUGUGUAGAUGGACGGGGCAGUGUGUAGGUGGAUGGGGCAGUGUGUAGAUGUAUGGGGCAGUGUGUAGGUGGAUGGGGCAGUGUGUAGAUGGAUGGGGCAGUGUGUAGAUGGAUGAGGAAGUGCGUAGUUGGGAUGGGGCAGUGUGUAGGUGGAUGGGGCAGUGUGUAGGUGGAUGAGGCAGUGUGUAGGUGGGUGGGGCAGUGUGUGAUGACAACGAUAUCAUUAGUGAAAGUGCAGUUGUUGUGUAAAAAAUGCAAAAAAAAAAUAUGAACGCUAACUUUGGCCAGGGUUUGUGACUAAGUGGCUACUAAAAAAGAAAGGACAUAUCCCAUUUUGAAUACCCUGGGUUGUCUACUUUUUAAAAUGGUAUGUCAUGGUGGUGGUAAUUCUCAUUCCUAGGCUACGAUCCAGUCUACAAGGCAGCGUAACCAAUCUGGCAAAUUUCAAUGUGUAAAAACAGAAAUGUGGAUGGGGCAGUGUGUAGGUGGAUGGGGCAGUGUGUAGGUGGGACUUGCCUGACAACCAAGGCAGAAAGCCAGAGAAUUUAAUUUGCAAGCCCUAUAUUUAACUCUGUAACUUCCCACCAUAAAGCCUGUACAUGGGGGUACUGUUUUACUCAUCGGACUAUGCUGAAAACAAAUAUGAGUGUUUUAAAACGGUAAAACAUAUGAUGACAACGAUAUCAUUAGUGAAAGUGCAGUUGUGUAAAAAAUGCAAAAAAAAAAAUAUGAACGCUAACUUUGGCCAGGGUUUGUGACUAAGUGGCUACUAAAAAAGAAAGGACAUAUCCCAUUUUGAAUACCCUGGGUUGUCUACUUUUUAAAAUGGUAUGUCAUGGUGGGGGUAAUUCUCAUUCCUAGGCUACGAUCCAGUCUACAAGGCAGCGUAACCAAUUUGGCAAAUUUCAAUGUGUAAAAACAGAAAUGUGGAUGGGGCAGUGUGUAGAUGGGAUGGGGCAGUGUGUAGGUGAAUGGGGCAGUGAGUAGUUGGAUGGGGCAGUGUGUAGGUGGGAUGGUGCAGUGUGUACAUGGGACGGUGCAGUGUGUACGUGGGAUGGGGCAGUGUGUAGAUGGGAUGAAGCAGUGUGUACGUGGGAUGGGGCAGUGUGUAGAUGGGAUGGGGCAGUGUGUAGGUGGAUGUGGCAGUGUGUAGCUGGAUGGGGCAGUGUGUAGGUGGAUGGGGCAGUGUGUAGCUGGAUGGGGUAGUGUGUAGGUGGGACGGUGCAGUGUGUAGGUGGGAUGGGGCAGUGUGUAGGUGGGACGGGGCAGUGUGUAGAUGGGAUGGGGCAGAGUGUAGGUGGAUGGGGCAGUGAGUAGGUGGAUGGGGCGUGAGGUGGGAUGGUGCAGUGUGUACGUUGGAUGGGGCAGUGUGUAGAUUGGAUGAAGCAGUGUGUACGUGGGAUGGGGCAGUGUGUAGAUGGGAUGGGGCAUUGUGUAGCUGGAUGGUGUAGUUUGUAGGUGGGAUGGUGCAGUGUGUACGUGGGAUGGGGCAGUGAGUAGGUGGAUGCGGCAGUGUGUAGGUGGGAUGGUGCAGUGUGUACGUGGGAUGGGGCAGUGUGUAGAUUGGAUAAAGCAGUGUGUACGUGGGAUGGGGCAGUGUGUACGUGGGAUGGGGCAGUGUGUAGGUGGGAUGGUGCAAUGUGUACGUGGGAUGGGGCAGUGUGUAGGUGGAAUGGGGCAGUGAGUAGGUGGAUGGGGCAGUGUGUAGAUGGAAUGGGGCAGUGUGUACGUGGGAUGGGGCAGUGUAUAGGUGGGAUGGAGCAGUGUGUAGGUGGAAUGGGGCAAUAUAUAGGUGGCAUGGGUCAGUGUGUACGUGGGAUGGGGCAGUGUGUAGGUGGAAUGGGGCAGUAUGUAGGUGGAAGGGGCAGUGUGUAGGUGGGAUGGAGCAGUGUGUACGUGGGAUGGUGCAGUGUGCAGGGGGAAUGGGGCAGUGUGUACGUGGGAUGGGGCAGUGUGUCGGUGGGAUGGGGCAGUGUGUAGGUGGAUGGGGCAGUGUGUAGCUGGAUGGGGCAGUGUGUAGGUGGAUGGGGCAGGGUGUAGGCGGAUGGGGUAGUGUGUAGGUGGGAUGGUGCAGUGUGUAGGUGGGAUGGUGCAGUGUGUAGGUGGGGUGGGGCCGUGUGUAGAUGGGAUGGGGCAGUGUGUAGGUGGAUGGGGCAGUGAGUAGGUGGGAUGGUGCAGUGUGUACGUGGGAUGGGGCAGUGUGUAGAUUGGAUGAAGCAGUGUGAACGUGGGAUGGGGCAGUGUGUAGAUGGAAUGGGGCAGUGUGUAGCUGGAUGGGGUAGUUUGUAGGUGGGAUGGUGCAGUGUGUACGUGGGAUGGGGCAGUGAGUAGGUGGAUGCGGCAGUGUGUAGGUGGGAUGGUGCAGUGUGUACAUGGGAUGGGGCAGUGUGUACGUGGGAUGGGGCAGUGUGUAGAUUAGAUCAAGCAGUGUGUAUGUGGGAUGGGGCAGUGUGUAGAUGGGAUGGGGCAGUGUGUAGAUGGGAUGGGGCAGUGUGUAGCUGGAUGAGGUAGUGUGUAGGUGGGAUGGUGCAAUGUGUACGUGGGAUGGGGCAGUGUGUAGGUGGAAUGGGGCAGUGAGCAGGUGGAUGGGGCAGGGUGUAGGUGGGAUGGGGCAGGGUGUAGGUGGGAUGGGACAGUGUGUACGUGGGAUGGGGCAGUGUGUAGGUGGGAUGGGCAGUGUGUAGGUGGGAUGGGGCAGUAUGUAGGUGGCAUGGGGCAGUGUGUACGUGGGAUGGGGAAGUGUGUAGUUGGAAUGGGGCAGUAUGUAGGUGGAUGGGGCAGUGUGUAGGUGGAAUGGGGCAGUGUGUAGAUGGGAUGGAGCAGUGUGUACGUGGGAUGGUGCAGUGUGCAGGGGGAAUGGGGCAGUGUGUACGUGGGAUGGGGCAGUGUGUAGGUGGGAUGGGGCAGUGUGUAGGUGGAAUGGGGCAGUGUGUAGAUAGCUAAGAGGGGGUUUUAUAGUGAGAUUUGUAUUUAUUUGACACUGAAACAAUAGUAGAAUUAGUAAGAGUUUCACGUGGUUCCAGGGAUAUCAUGUAAUGAUUCCUAAAAUGCUGUCAUUUCACAGUUUAGCGGAACUUCUGCUUUGCAUGUUUCAGGGACGGGUGGAAGGAAAAGGAAGAGAAGACGAGGAGUCGAAUCAAACAGAUUCUAAUGUGCGACUUUACCAAGGAGAAUCCCACUGAUCCCAUCACCGUGCCAAAGUCGGAUUGCUUCGUUUGUAUAUGGACCCUGGAAGCGAUUAGCCAAACGCAGAGCGAAUUCCAAAGAAACCUGAAAAAAUGUGCCGCUCUUCUAAAGCUAGGCGGACACCUGCUGUAUUUCGGGGUGUUUAAUGGAAAGUAUUUUUGGGUGGGAAAACACAAAUUCCAUAUUUUAUCCUAUGACGAGGUGUUUUUAAGACAGGCGUUGGCAGACUGUGGGUUCCUUAUUCAGUGUCUGGAGCUAACAGAAGGCAAAGGAGGUGAGGGGCUGAUAGAUUCUGGCCACAUAGUUUAUGUCAGGGCUGUGAAGGUGAAGGAAGAAUAA